UCAAAUUCAAUUUUAAUCUUAUUUUCAAAAUUUCAAGGGUUUCGCUCGCUCUAUCAAUUUCUUAAAGCCCCAACUUUAAAAUCCCGUACAAUGGCGCCGCCGGUGAACUUACAGAAGCUAGGCUAUCAAUCGGAGGAAUCCGUACCGACGUCGAGCCAUUUGUGGGUGGGGAACGUGUCGGCCGAGACGGUGGAUUCGGAUCUGACGGAGUUGUUCAGCAAAUUCGGCGCACUCGAUAGCGUCACCGCGUACUCUUCGAGAAGCUACGCUUUCGUCUACUUUAAGCGCGUGGAGGACGCCAUGGUGGCGAGGGAGGCUCUCCAGGGAGCCACCUUGCACGGAAACCAUCUCAAGAUUGAGUUCGCUCGACCGGCAAAACCUUGUAAGAAUCUAUGGAUUGGUGGGAUUAGCCAGACUGUUUCCAGAGAAGAAUUGGAAGAGGAGUUUCGUAAGUUUGGUAAAAUUGAAGAUUUCAAGUUCCUUAGAGAUCGAAAUACUGCAUUUGUUGAGUAUUCGAGAAUGGAAGAUGCUUCCCAGGCCAUGAGAAGCAUGAGCGGGAAGCGGCUUGGUGGCGAACAGAUUCGUGUCGAUUUCUGGAGAUCCCGAAGAGAUCAAUGGCUUAAUUCUCAUGACCUUAGGGAUGGGACCUUUUCUGGUAGGAUGAGGUCUUAUGACAGCCAGUCUGUUGCACAAAGAGAACAUUCUCAAUUAGGUGGCCGACAAGUUGAUGGUCAGCCUAGCAAAGUUUUGUGGGUAGGCUACCCUCCCUCUGUGCAAAUCGAUGAACAAAUGCUUCAUAAUGCCAUGAUACUCUUCGGUGAGAUUGAGAACAUGAAAAGCUUCCCGUCAAGAAACUAUGCCUUUGUGGAGUUCAGGAGUGUGGAGGAAGCUCGGCGUGCAAAGGAGGGCUUACAGGGUCGUUUAUUUAAUGAUCCAAGGAUCACCAUUAAUUACUCAAACAGUGAACUUGCACCUGGGAGAGAUUACAGCUUUGAUUCAGACAUAAAGGGGCCAAGGCCUGGCAUGAUGUUCGGUGACCAUCCAUUUAGGCCUUCACAAAAUCAUCCAUUGCUACCAAAUACAGUAUCUGGAUCGUUGCCAUCCAAUGGUAUUCUUGGAUCAAAUGUGCCGAUCAGGUCUUUUAAUCAUCAAGAAUACAAUGAUUUGUUUGUACAUCAUAAUAUGCAGGAUGCUGAUCUUAAAAAUCUCGUUGGUGUAAAUAGGGAAAGGCCAUCUCCUCCUCUUCCUUCUGCUCAAGGUUUUAGGCCUUCACCGAGACAAGCAUCUGGUUCGUGGGAUGCUUAUGACGUGAACCAAUUUCAGAGAGGUCCAAAACGAUCAAGGAUAGAGACUGCAAUGCCUAUAGAUGAUCUUGGGCCAGUAAUUGGUGGGGGUGCUUCAGGUCCAUUUGUGAAUGUCCAGGGAAAGGGUCAUUUAAGUCCUGUUCCUGGAAAGGUCACAACCGGUGGGCCUGGACCAGCCCCUCCUAAUAAUGAUUUCAUGUGGAGAGGCAUUAUAGCCAAGGGUGGAACGCCUGUUUGUCAUGCUCGAUGUGUUACCAUCGGAAAGGGGCUAGAGAUAGAACUUCCCGAAGUUGUUAACUGUUCAGCCAGAACAGGAUUAGAUAUGCUAGCAAAACACUACCGUGAGGCCAUUGGAUUUGAUGUUGUUUUCUUCUUACCAGACAGUGAAGAUGAUUUUGCAUCAUACACUGAAUUCCUUCGCUACCUUGGUUCAAAAAACAGAGCAGGUGUUGCUAAAUUCGAUGAUGGGACUACAUUAUUUUUGGUGCCUCCUUCUGAAUUCUUAACAAAAGUUCUAAAAGUUUUAGGACCUGCACGGCUCUAUGGUGUUGUUCUGAAGUUGACUCCACAGGUACCGAGCGCUGCACCAUCGCAACCAUAUCCACCUCUUCUUCCUCAUCCUGGUUAUGGUCAUCUGAAGGAAGAACAGACGUAUGGAAGGGUUUUGCAUGAGGACUCCAAACCUCCCGCAAGAUCAACCAGACAAUCAUCUACUAUGCAAAGUCAACAGCCCAAUACUGCAGCAUCACUUUCCCAAACUGGUGUUGCUUUAACACCCGAUCUGAUUGCUACUUUAGCCUCCUUUCUCCCGACAACCUCGCAGUCUGCUGCUGUAGGAGGUGUUCAGCCUCCAUUGAUGACAUUGACUACGGAGUCCUCAUUUGCUCAAACAAUUGCACCUAAAGGAGCUGCUGCACAAACUUGGAACCAGGGCCAACAAGCUUAUGAGUCUGCAGCCCCAUCUUUCCAACAGUUUAAUCCUUCUGCACAAUUACCACCAGCCCAGCAUUACUCCACCAUAUCAAGUACACCUGCCCAUUCAGCCCAAAUGGCCCAUUGGGGCACUCAGUUUCAGGAGUCUGUCAUCGGCUUGCCACAGCAAGGUGCUGCAUCAUCAAUGCCAUUGACUAAUUUCAAUAUCCCAUCUCAAAAUGAACAUAGUGCAUUUUCUACCCCUAUUAACCAGCAAUACCAGGCUCAAGUUCCUCCGGGUACUCAGAAAGGCUAUGGAAUGAUGCAUGUAACCGAUGCUUCCGGUUUGUAUGGUGCACCAGCUCUUCAGCAGCCGAGCAAUCCGAAUGUUCUGUCUAAUCAGAUUCAUGGUGCUACUGUCUCCCAGGCACAAAAUCUGAUGCAAGGUGACAGAAAUAACUCGGACCUUCUUAGUCAAGUACAGCCACAGCAAUCUGUGCUUUCUGGUGCUGGUCAAGGCACAUCAGAUGUGGAGGUUGAUAGGAAUCAGCGAUACCAGUCAACGUUGCAAUUUGCAGCUAGCCUACUGCUCCAGGUCCAGCAGAAGCAACAGCAGCAAACAAAUACUCCAGGUGGACAAGGGACGGGGAGUUAGCCGUCAAAAUCUCCUUCAAUCUAGGUAAAAUUUUGGGAGCUGGACGUUCGUUUUAGCCAUUAGAGAGAUUCUUGUUAUCUUCAGGACCCUCCUUCCAUCUUGUGCGAUUGCGGUCGCGACUCCGGUUGCAUUGCGGACAUAACGGAUACUAUUGCGUGCAUUAAGGGUAUCACGGUCGUGCAAUAACGAUUUCAGAUAACAUCAUUACUGUUAUAUAGCAGUUGUUAUUCCGACAACAAACCGAUAUUUAAAUCCCUGUUAUUUGUAGGACCCUCCUUCCAUCCUGUAUUGGUAUUUGGUACCACACCAUUACCUUGUUUCUGUUUCUUCUUUCAUGGGAUGGGAUGUACAAUUUGUUUUU